AUGUCAGGUGCAGCCAAUGACUGUGGAGCGCGCGAAACGGAGAACGAGAAGCGGACAGCGAGAGGCGAACAGCGAGAGGCGGACAGCGAGAGGCAGACAGCGAGAAGCGGACAGCGUGGGGCCGCGCCACAAUGCUGUAAAUUUCUAUCGGUAGUUGGUCGUUCUACUGAAAAUUUGUCAGAGAGCGGCAGUGACAAAGCUGAUCCUGCAGAUAACAUGGAAGAACUCUUGAGUGAAUGUGAGACUCUUUGGAAUCAGAUGCAAGAGGGUGUAUACUCUGAUGUAACCCAACAUACUUCAAGAGAUGCUUCUUUUUGUGUUAUACAGCUUCCCUUGUUAAUGACGCGAGUGAAAGCUUUAUCAUCAGAAAUUAAUCAAUGGCAAGAAAGAAGUCCUGAAAUAAGUUCUAUCAAUCCAGAUAUACUAUCAGUAUUAGGAAAAGAAGAGUUUCAGAAGGUAAAGGAGGAUCUUGAAAUGCUGCUGUUUAUAGUUCAGGCAAAGAAUAAGCAACUGGAAGAAGAUCUGAAAAGAGAACACCAGUGGGAAAAGGAACAGAAAGAGAUAGUAAAUUCUCUAACUGGAAUUAAAGAAGAAACAAAAAAGCAAGUUGAAAAAACUUCCACAAGAAGUUUACAAGGUGCAGCAUUUAAUGAACUGCAAAACAAAAUGCAGACACUAAAGGAACAUAAAGAGAAACUCUCGACUGCUCUUGCUGAAUUCAUAGAAGAACAUUUUCCCCUUCCAGAGAACAGAAAGGCAAGAAAUAAGAAAUCUUCUAAAGAGCCAGAUGUAGAACUGAUAUCGCUGCAAGAAAUUUUAGAGAAUCUUAUAAGCAAAUUAUUGACCACACCACAUGAACCCUAUGUAACAAUCAACGACUCAUUUUGGCCACCUUAUAUAGAGAUGCUGCUGCGAUAUGGAAUUGCUCGGAGACAUCCAGAAGAUGCAAACAGAAUGCGUCUGGAAGCCUUUCACAUGUAG